ACUACUACCGCUCCGCUGUGGUAUUAAAUAAAUAUCCGAAGUUUUAAUUGGCUUUAAUUGGAAUCAAGAUGCUUGAUAUAUUACUAAGCUGCAUACGGGCAUGGUUCAGCACUAUAACGCUGUCUAUUAUCGUCUUUUAUGUGACGUGGCAUUACUGGAAUAAAAGGACACCGGGAAGUCCCCCCGGGCCCCGGGGUUUUCCCUUUAUUGGGGCUAUUACGUCAAUUCGGAAACAUCCCGAACACGUCAUGACAAAAUGGAACAAGGAAUAUGGCCCUGUAUGUAUGGUGAGACUUGGCUUCAAAGAUGUAUUGGUGAUUGGCAGCUACGAGGCAGCGCAUGAGGCUUAUGUUAAAAGUCAAGAUUUCUUGGAUCGACCGUCGCCUUUUGGCCUUGAGAUAUUGGGCGGUGGGUAUGGGCUUUUCCCCAUCGCUUACGGCUCCUUCCACCAGGAGCAACGUCGCUUCGGGCUCAACACGCUCAGAGAGCAUGGGAUGGGACGAAGGGUCCUCGAGUCAACCAUUCUGCAGUACGCUGAGGAGCUUUGCGACAGAUUAGAAACGAAAAUGAGCGCUCCGGUUUUGCUAGACCAGGAAGUAUAUAUCGCAGUAUCGAGUACCAUCGCACACAUUGUGUUCGGUCAUAAUACGAUGCAAGACAGCCCAGAGUUUCGUGAUAUGAUCUUAUGGAUGCUUAGGCCGAAUACAGCGACAGUGCUUGCCGGGAUUCUCGUAUUCGCUCCUUACUUGAAACAUCUCCCGUUCUUCCGUGGCGUCCACAACGACAGCAGAGCUUUAAGGCUUAAACUGGAAAGUCUAAAUCUAAAAGAAGUGAAGAAACACGACAAGACCCGGGACCCGUCAGAUCCGAGGGAUUUCAUCGACAGCUUUCUGAACGAGAUGGACAAACGUAAACGAAAAAACUCGAAGCAGGCAACAGAAACUCCGUCAGAAAACCACCCCCUCCAAAAUGGCAACGGAGUAAGCAAAGAUAACGACGAUAAAGAUUUCAAAGGGAAGAUUGAUCCGAACUGGGAAACUUAUUCGUCGUUUAGUGACCAACAACUCGUGUCCAUGGUCCGCGACCUUUUUCUUGCCGGAACCGACACAACGUCCGCUACAACUUGUUGGAUCAUCUUGUUCCUCUGCAAAUACCCGGAUGUACAACGGAGGAUGCAAAAAGAGAUUGAUGACGUAAUAGGGGAGAAUGGCAUCCCGAAGUUGGCGCUCGCGGAAAGGUUGCCUUUCACCAGAGCUGUAAUACAGGAGAUGGGAAGAAUUCGCCCCAACGUUCCACUAGCCGUUCCCCAUUGCGCGUCAAGGGAUUCGACAUUAAUGGGCUUCAACAUACCCAAAGAUACGAUAAUCAUGACCAACAUAUGGGGCAUACAUCACGAUGAGAAAACAUGGAAGGAUCCGUACAAGUUUAAUCCUGAUCGCCACUUGGACGCUGAGGGCAACUUCGUAAAGUCAAACCACGUGAUGCAAUUCAACAUCGGCCUCCGUAGUUGUUUAGGGCAGCAACUUGCACGCAUGGAGUUAUUCCUCAUCACAGUUACUUUGUUUCGAAAGUUUUUCAUUGAGCUUGAGCCGGGAUGCGAUAUAGACAUGGAAGGAGAGAGUUUGGUCUCCCUGCGACCUUACCCGUUUAAAGUUUUGCUCACAAAGAGAAUUUAACUUUUCAGAGAGCCCAAUGUAACUUAAAGCGUUCCAUAUUUACCCCCAUUUUAAAAUGUAUAGUAGGGUGGGGGAAGAUGGGACAUCUUUCGUUGUAUUUUUUGUCCUAUUCGGCAGUAAACCAAGAAACAUUCAACGAAUUAUAAAACCGUAUCCUCACAACUCCCAUAGACUGCUGUUAACUGUUUAAAACACGAUCAAGAUAUUAUGUGCUAGAUGUGCCCCGUCUCCCCCUACCCUAUAUAUAUAAGUGUGUACGUAUAUGUAUAUUUAAGUUGUGUGACUUGUAGCGGGCGCAAAUUCAACAGAGUCAAC